AUGGCAUGCCCUUGCGCGGGGAGUGAAACGAGAGACAGACCAUGGUGGCUCAGAGUGUGGUCACUAAAGAGGUUCUUCAUCAAGGGAAGCGUGGCGGGGGGAGCAGUCUACCUUGUUUAUGACCAGGAGGUGCUGGGGCCCAGCGACAAGAGCGAGGCUGCCCUACGGAAGGCCGAGGAGGUGGUGCCACCAGCAAUGUACCAGUUCAGCCAGUAUGUGUGCCAGCAGAUGGGUCUGGAGAUGCCACAGCUCCCAGCCCCUCCAAAGAUUAACUUUCCGAACUUCCGUGACUCCUGGAACUCAGGCAUCAUUUCUGUCAUGGCAGCUGUGUCAGUGGCCCCCACCAAGGCCGGCAAGGAGGGCUGGGAGUACGUGAAAGAGCACACCAAGUAA